AUGGCUCCCCCAAUUGAUGAAGAUGCUCAGCAAUCUGGAACGUACGCUUCAUUGCACUCACUGGUUCAUUAUGGCCGUAGGAUGUUCGGUGGGUUCGAUUCGAUAGCAAAAAUUGAUGACCUUCAGUACUCUAGAAUCAGUAUGCCGCCCAUAAGGAGAACGUACGUUGGAUUACGCAGCCGCAAUGCACGAAGGUUGUCGAGGCUCCGUGCCAAUCAGACCCCUGAGCAAAGCGCGGAAGCAAAUCAACAGCUUCGAGAACGUAUGUCGGUAAUUCGUAGCCGUCGAACGACAGAGGAGGAAGCAGAAGCCCAGAUAAAUACUGAACAGCAACAGAAUUGCAAUUUGUAUCGUGCCGCUUUCCAAUAUGAUUGUACAAUAGACUACAGCAAACUGCCUUGCCUUACAAUCGGGCCCAUGGAUUUGACGGCAUUGGAACAUAUGCCUUCUGACGACCACAAAAUAAUAAUCAGAGCGGAUAAACGUCCAGCUGGAAGUCAUGAACGUCAAUUUAACGCCCCAACGAUGAAUGAAACAGCUGUCGUCAUCUCGGGUGAAAACAUUGAGUCCCGUGACAUCGUAUUGAAGAGGCGCAACGAUGGCCAAUUGCAACGUGUGCACGAGACCCAUCGUUCAUACGAUUCAUUACAAUACCCACUCAUGUUCUGCUAUGGAGAGGACGCAUAUCAUUUUCAAAUAAGAAUGAUCAAUCCAUUGACAGGUGCGCAAGAUGCUGAUAAUCAUUUACUGCGGUAUCGGCGUUUAUUUCAACAAUUUGCCGUCGACAUGUAUGUCAAAAUCGAGACAGAACGUUUGAACUUUAUCCGGUUCAAUCAGGCUAAACUGCGGUCUGAGGAGUACGUUCAUUUAAGAGAUGCCGUAAGUUCGGAAGGAAAUGUCAACAAUAUUGGUCGAUUGACAAUUCUUCCAUCUACAUAUGUUGGAAGUCCACGGCAUAUGCAAGAAUAUUCCCAAGAUGUCAUGACGUAUGUCAGGUAUUACGGCCGCCCGGACCUUUUCAUAACGUUAACAUGCAACCCGAAGUGGACGGAAAUAACUCAGCAGUUGAAACCCGGUCAAACGGCAAGCGAUAGGCACGACAUAACCGCACGGGUAUUCCGGCAGAAGCAAAAAAGUCUCAUGGAUUUCAUAGUUAAGCAGAGCGUGUUCGGUGAAGUAAGGUGCUGGAUGUACUCCAUCGAAUGGCAGAAACGAGGUCUCCCGCACUCACAUACUUUAAUUUGGUUGGUUAACAAAAUACGCCCUGAACAUAUUGACAACAUUAUACACGCAGAGAUUCCUGAUGCAGCUAUUGAUUCGGAACUAUUUGAAAUUGUUAAAACACAUAUGGUUCACGGUCCUUGCGGUCAACACAAUUCGGGAUCGCCGUGUAUGGUUGGAGAGAAGUGUACAAAACGAUAUCCACGUCCAUUGCUCGCGGAAACUAUUUCCGGAAACGAUGGAUAUCCCUUAUACCGGCGUCGUUCGCCCGAGGACAAUGGCAAAUCCCUUACAAUGAAGGUACAAGGAAUUGACGUUGUGGUUGACAAUAGCUGGAUUGUACCCUAUUCACCGUUGCUUUCUAAAGCCUUCAAAAGUCAUUGCAAUGUUGAAUUAUGUAACUCAAUCAAAUCGAUUAAGUAUGUUUGCAAAUACGUGAAUAAGGGCAGCGACAUGGCAGUUUUUGGAAUUGCUGCUCCAGAUGCCAGCGAUGAAGUGACACAAUACCAAAUGGGCCGUUACGUCAGUUGUAAUGAAGCGAUUUGGAGGAUCUUUGCAUUCCCGAUUCAUGAACGUCACCCGACUGUCGUCCAUUUAGCUGUCCAUUUAGAAAAUGGACAACGUGUAUAUUUCACGGAAACAAAUGCAGCUAGAAGAGCAGAACGAGCCCCAAACACGACAUUGACAAGUUAUUUUACCAUCUGCCAGAACGAUCCAUUCGCCAGAACGCUUCUAUACUCCGAAGUGCCACGCUACUAUACUUGGAAUAAGUCGUCGAGAAACUUCCAGCGCAGAAAGCAAGGACAAGUAGUUGCAGGAUAUGCCGACGUCUUUUCCACCGACGCACUUGGGCGAAUGUAUACUGUACAUCCAAAAAACGAUGAGUGCUUUUACCUAAGAUUGCUUUUGGUCAAUGUUUGUGGUCCAACAUCGUUUGAAUCGCUUCGGACUGUGGAUGGUAUGCUAUGUGCGACAUAUCGAGAAGCCUGUCAUCGGUUGCAACUGAUUGAAGACGACAGUCAUUGGGAUUUAGCGCUUGCCGACGCGGUUCUUACUGCACCAGCGAAUCAAAUACGCACGCUGUUUGCGAUUAUUAUUUCUACAUGCUUCCCUUCAAACCCUGUCGAAUUAUGGAACAAAUUCAAGGACGAUAUGGCCGACGAUAUUUUGUAUCGAUUUCGUACGGUAAAUCACGAACAGGAAAUGAACGAUGAAAUUCGCAACGAGGCUUUGAUUAUGAUCGAAGACGCGUGUCUGCUCAUGUGUGGCAGUUUGUUGAGCAAACUGGGGAUGCCGGCUCCCAAUCGAACAAUGCAUGAUGCAUUCAAUCGUGAGAUUGAGCGCGAGCGAGCGAGCAUAUGA